UCGGUGAAAUGUACAAAUCCUUUGUAAUGACACAAGUAACGUAAAUAAAAAUGAUAGAUCCUCCAAGAUGCAGUACUCCUAAACGGGAGUGAAAGUUUUGGGACAUGCAAAAAACAACUAAAAACUUGAAAAUCUGAAAAACGUGUUAACAGCACUUUGUCAGCAAGUAUAUCUUAAAGGAAUUCAGUUUUGGCUAUUGACAGCUCAUGUCAUUAAAUAUUAGAAUUACUGUAUUUAUAUCAACGCAACUUACUAAAACGUCACACAGCUUCUGUAAUUAUGGGGGAUUUAAUAAAGGCAUGGAUCGUAGAAAGAAUUGGGGUAGUGAUGAACAUGGACCCGCAGGUCUUCUCUACGGAAGUAAUGGACGGUACAAUAAUCGCACAAAUUUUAUUAAACUACAACAUCAUCACCGAAACGCAAGCGUGGCAAAUAGUCCCGACUAAUAAUCCGGUUAUCGCCUCCAAAAACUUCAAGCUCAUCCAACUGUGGCUGCACAGUAUCGGCAUACAACGCGCCACUGAAGAACUAGAUGAAAUCUGCACGGGAAAAUCUAUGGUGGCAAUUAAACUUUUCUAUGAGCUCUAUUUGAAAUUACACGACAAAAACGGUCUCUUCUUCGCAAUGAGGAAAAGACAAAAAGAGAGGCUGCACCCGACAAACACCCGGUUUGACGUUUGCACGGUUAACGAAACCGUUAACGGAAAUCUCACCGAAUUCGUCGACAACGACCUAUGCCAGCAGUUAGUGGUGCACCAAGGUGUUAUUAAAUGGAACCAAGAUCGUUACAAAGCCUUACGGGAGAAAUACAGAGAGACGCGCGAACGUUAUUCGAAGUAUCUGGAUAAGAAGUGCGGUCUCAAAGAGGUCAAUCAGUUUGGCAACGCGGAAAUGGUUGUGCCACCCUCCAAACCCUUGGAGCGAUUGGAUUCGAGCUGCUCGAGCGACUACGACCUUACUUUCGAUGAUCUAGUCAAAGAGCGACAGGAGGCAUCUUUAAAGCCCGUAUUUGAGGAGGAUCCGAAAGCGGCCGCCGAAAUAUUGAAGAACAUUAAGCGGAGGAAACGUCGCGAGAUGCACGAAAAUGAAGAACGUGUAAAACAGCAGAAAUUACUGCUAAUGGAGCUGUGGGGUAAGCUCCUCGCGCAACAGGAGAAGGAACUGGAGGAAUGCGUCUCGAAGAAAAUGCUGAAGCAGUCCACUUUCGAAAAGCAAAUGACCACGAAACUGUUCGAAGUUCGACAGCAGGCCAAACACAUCUUGGCGAAUCGCAGAUUUAUGGACGACUGCGCGUUAAAAAAGCGCGAGGAUGAGUUCUUGGAGCAUGUGUUUUUACGGGACAAGGGCGUUGGUAACCAGAAAGGUAAUUACUAUGUCGAACGUGGAAGAAUGUUGGAGUUGCACAGGCGACUGUACGCACAACGGAUGUGCCUGUACGUUUCUAGGCGUGAUGACAUGUGCAAACGCAUUGUUGAAGAUUUUGUAUCGCUGGCGGUAAUAUCGGCCGGAUAUAAGGAGAAGUAUCAAGCUGAUCCCGAUGAGGCUAUAAGGAGGGAGUGGGGGAAUUUGUUUAUUAAAGCAAAAUCUCUAGUUGCCUAUCUAGCUGACGUGACCGAGCUUGUGGUCCCCGAACCCGUUUCGAGCGACUUGGAGGAAAUUUACUGUUUCGAAAUGGAUAGACAGGAAGCGUUAGACGAGCGAGAGUUUGAAAGUUAUAUGAACUUCGAAAAGCCUUGGACCGACUUUCUCGCACAGUGGGAGGAGCACUCGCCCCAAAUCGAGCACGGAAUGAACGUCUUGAGUCACAAUGUGAAUCGAGUCUUAAAAACCAAAAACCCCGAGGCGCAAUCGCCCCAUCCGUUACCGGCGGUUGACGUCGCAGUUUGCAUCAACGGUUUUCCCGAUUGCAACGUCCUCCCAGUGUUACAAAAGCUAUUAAACAAACGCAAAAUUCGUGUGAUAGAGAUGCAGGAUGCUGUCAACACGUGCCUGGAGGCGUACAAGUUGGAAAGAGGCACGGAAAGUCUUGAAAACGCGCUGAAUGAUCAUACUGAAGCGGCGCUUGCGCAUUUCAACAGAUCCGGCCCGGUUAAGCUCACCGUUCCUGUUAAGGGGAACAAGCAAAGCGCGACGUCUGGGCUCAAACUUGAAACAAAAAGCACCCAGACACUGGUUAACUACCCUUUGGUGGACUUAAGUGUUAUGGCCGAGUAUGGCAAGUUAGCCUACGAGGCAUUGAAUGUUGGCGAUGAGUUGACCGACAAUCUUCUCGUCGUAAUGCUCGUGGAAUAUAUAAGGAGCCUGAAUGACUUAUCAGGAUGGGCGCUGAUAAACUAUCCCAACACGUUGACUCAGGCAGCUGUGUUGGAACAGGCCUUAACAGGCGGGUUCGUGCCAGACGUAAGCUGCGAUUCGGGUAGCAUCGGUGAUAUCGCCGAUUUAAUCGUUAAAGCCUCAGAAAUGGGCCUUAAAGGCAGAAACGUGGAGUUGCAGCAAUCGAAACUGCUACCAGAUUUAAGUUCAUCGCAUUCCCUAUACCGCACUUAUCUCACCGCUUUCAUAACCGUUAAAUCUGAAAAUUGCGUCGGCACAGACUGUAGUGAACCACAGACGCCCUUAGAGGAGUUCUACCUGGAGCAGGGUUGCCACUAUGAGCUUUUGUACGAAAAUUUGGAACUGAACAUUAUUAAGCGACUGGCCAAAAUGAUUAUUGGCGAAUAUUCCAUUCCGCCGAAAACUUCGCAAGAAUUAUUCGGUGACACCCUGAACUACGUAGAGGCGAACCUAAGCGAAUCGGCAAAAUUCGUGGGGCAGGAGAUAAAGCAUCAAAAAGAAACAGUUCCAUCGGAAAUAUUCGUAGCAUCGACGGGUGUACCCGGAGAUCCUUCGUGGCAGUACUUCGAUAUCGCGUUUCCGGAAGAAAAUUAUGGCGAGAGAGAAGAACGAAUCUUUAACAUGAUGCUGCAAAUUCUCGAGGAUUCGAUUAAAAAUCCUCCCAAAAAGCCUCAACCUGUCCCUGUCUACGUUACCGAGCGAAAAGAAAUUAAAGAGGUGUUGUGCAGAUUAUUCAGAAAAGAACUGUAUAUGUGUGAAGAUGAUAGAUGUCGACGCAGAAUACCGCAAAUUCUUGAUAAACUUAAAGUGAAGAUUGUUUGGGAAAACAAGAACGGCGGGAAAUUUGAAUAUGAAAGUGACGAAAUUGGAUACGAUCAUACGACUGGCUGGUUUGAACAGUAUAUUUUACCUGAGAUAAUAAAGAAAAUAUCGGGACCUAUUUGGGUUAAAACAUUGCAAAUUUCCCCUACAUAUAGAUUACCUAAGGUCGUAUAUGUAACAAAGGGCUAA